AUGAGCAUAAGCGACAAAAGGGACUACUUGGCAGACCUGGGAGGCAGCUUCACUGAGGAUGCUCCCAGACCUCCUGUCCCUGGGGAGGAAGGGGAGCUGGUGUGCGGCGAUGGUCGGCAGCACAGCAACCUCGGCUUCUCCUCGAAAAGCGAGAGCCUCAAAUGCGAGGCGUCCGUGGCUACUCCCAGGAGACCCGACCUGGACCUGGGUUACGAGCCGGAGGGCAGCGCCUCCCCGACGCCACCCUACUUAAAGUGGGCCGAAUCUCUUCAUUCCCUCCUGGAUGACCAGGAUGGCAUCCAGCUGUUCAGGACGUUCCUCAAGCAGGAGGAGUGUGCGGAUAUGUUGGACUUCUGGUUUGCAUGCAGCGGCUUUCGCAAGCUUGAAGCCAAUGAGGGUAACGAGGAGAAGAAGGUAAAACUGGCUAAAGCUAUCUAUAAGAAAUACAUCCUGGACAACAAUGGGAUUGUCUCCAGACAGAUCAAACCGGCUACCAAGUCCUUCAUCAAAGACUGUGUGAUGAAGCUCCACAUUGAUCCUGCGAUGUUCGACCAGGCUCAGACUGAGAUACAGACUAUGAUAGAGGAGAACACCUAUCCUUUAUUCCUUAAGUCUGACUUAUAUUUGGAAUACACGCGGACAGGAGGGGAGAGCCCAAAGCCGUACAGCGAUCAGAGCUCCGGUUCCGGGAAUGGAAAGGGACUGUCGGGUUAUUUACCGACUUUGUACGAGAAAAGGAGAUGUGACCCAGAGCCGGAGGAGCAGCCCGAGUGCGACCCCACGCCGAGCAGCCAGCUCGCUCAGAAGCUGGUAAUGGAGCCGCAGCAAGUUGCCAAAAGAUUCCAGGAGAGUCACCAGUACAGGCAUGAACCGUGUCGGGAGCCCAUCAACCCGUAUUAUGUCAACACCGGUCACGUUAAGGCUCCUGCCACCAGCGCCAAUGAUAGUGAGCAGCAGAGUAUGUCCAGUGACGCAGACACAAUUUCCCUUACGGACAGCAGUGUAGAUGGGGUUCCACCCUACAGAUACCGCAAACAGCAUCGCCGGGAGAUGCACGAAAGUGCCAAAGCAAAUGGGCGAGUGCCACUACCUCAUAUUCCUCGCCCAGACCGGAUUCCAAAGGAUAUACACGUGGAGCCGGAAAGGUUCGCUGCAGAGCUGAUCAGGAGACUGGAGGCUGUGCUGAGGGAGAGGGAGGCUCAGGAGAAGCUGGAGGAGCGGCUGAAGAGAGUACGACUGGAAGAGGAAGGAGAUGAAGUCAUCACGGCCACGGCGACAUCAUUAUCCAGUCACAGGUUCCCCCCUGGUGCUUACUCGCAGAACUACAACUCCCGCUAUGCCGACAUCACCUACAGCGGUCCUUUCCUCAGAGAUGCUCACGAGGAAAACCCCGAGAGCAUCUUGGACGACCACGUCCAGCGGGUCAUGAAGACUCCAGGCUGCCAGUCACCAGGGACCGGCCGCCAUUCUCCCAAGUCGCGCUCGCCAGACGGUUUCCCGGGGGUCAAAGGGACGGGACUGCCAGGCCAGGGGAAGCAUCCAUCCAGGCACGGGUUAAAGGGAGAAUCCGGCCACCUGUACCACCACAAACACGUGCACCACGUCCACCAUGCAGGCGUCGGGAAGCCCAAAGAGCAGGUGGAGGCUGAGGCGGCCACGCGCGUGCACGGCAGCCUUCCCUGGAGCGCCGAGUCGAGUCAUUACGGAUCGAAGUCUCGCAGCUACGCAGAUGGAAUGGGAUCCAACCCCACGGAACACACAGGCAAAAGUGGCUCACAGUGUAAAAGAGCUUUCAAGAAAGGUGAGGAUGUGCGGCCUUACGACAUGCCGGGGCCCACGGAGGAGAUGGAGAAGAAUCAGAAGAUUCUUUUGUGGCUGAUGGAAGGACAGAAAGAAAUGGUUCAACACAAAAGGAGUCCGUAUGGCAUCACAGGGUCCAAGAGGACAACAGGCCACGAAGGAUCCCGCCUCAGCUCGGCAGACCGAUCUGGGUCUAUCCAUCCGUGUGUCAGCACCCAACUACGGAACAACGUGCAGCCUUCUCACCCGUUCAUCCAGGAUCCCACGAUGCCCCCCAACCCGGCCCCGAGCCCCCUCAUUCAGCUGGAAGAGGUCUGCCGGCGGCUUGAGGAGGAGAAGAUUAAGUCUGGAACUUUACAGCCCAAGCAACGGUAUGUGAUGGAGGUGAUCCAGAGGGGUCGCACCGCCGUCAGGCCGGCGCUGUUCCCUCCGCUCAGUGUGGUGCCCGCCGUCUCAGACAGCGAGCUCUCCGAACCCGAACAUAAAGCCAAUAAAAAGCAGCCGUGUGAGAACAUUACAGUGGCGUACUACUUCUGCGAGGAGCUGAUACCGUACAGGACGUCUGUCAAAGGGAGGGUUGUGACGCUGGGCCAGUUUAAAGAACUGCUAACAAAGAAAGGAAAUUACAGGUAUUAUUUCAAGAAGGUCAGCGAUGAGUUUGACUGCGGGGUUGUGUUCGAGGAGGUGCGGGAAGAUGAUGCCGUCUUGCCGAUCUUUGAGGAGAAGAUUAUCGGGAAAGUCGAAAAAGUCGAUUGAAGAAGAAGAAAGGGGAUGGAAAUCUAGCACACAAUGGCCGGGGGAGAGAUUGGAUGGUGAAGAGGACGUGAUUCGAGAUGGAGAGGAGUGGAGGAGAGAGAGCCAGAGAUGGAAUCAGAGCGAAGCAGUGGUCAGUGACUUUUGAGCUUUGGCAGCACCACUGCACCGAAGUCGGACUAGAAGAAGAAGGGGGGGAAAAAAAAGACCUCAUUUACUUCAGUGGAGUGUAAUGUAGCAUUGUAAAGUUUACUAGAUAAAUGAAGAACAAAAGUGCUACUAAAGCUACAUAUUUUUGAUAAUGAUGUAUCAGAUGGUUUCAUUUCUAAAGUAACCGCACUUGUAAUUUUUUAUAUGUAUUGGUACCAGAUAUGUACAGUUUGUGUUAAAAAGAUAACAAAAUUUUAUAUCUAUUUAAGUAUUUAAAAUUUUCAAUCGUAUUGAAGCAAAAGUGUUGCCCCUCCCUCCCCUCCCAGUUGAAGACGAUCAAAUCCUUUAUAGGGCUGAUUUUGUUUGUUUCGUUUGUUUUUUCAUUCAUUGUAAGAUCCCCUCUGGACUCUAAUGUUCCUGCUCUUCUAAGUGCUUUUAAUACUUCACUGACCUUAUUUUGUGGCAUUCAAUCAGGCUGCUCAUUCAUUCUGUUAUAUUAGCACUGACACGCAGUCAGAACCAAACGGUGAAUUUCCAGAAAACGCUUGUGCAGCGCUGCAAUCAAAAACAACAACUCUACCCGUACUUAUUAUAGGACUCUUAAAGUCAUUUUUUCAUAGAAUGU